GAAGAAGACUUCGAUAUCUUGAAGGUGUUCUUUAUAGCCAGUGGAGAUGGCCUCCCUCAUUCGGUGGUGGAGCCAAACGCAAUAGAGGAAUAUGCUUGUAAAUAGGCUUGUCAUUGGUGGGGAUUUAAUCUCUACUCCUUGUUAAUAGGCUUGCUUUCCUUAGUUGGAUCAGUUUAGGUGUCAAUAGAGGAAUUCUUUUUUUGGACGUAAUGGUAUUAAUAAAUU